CGCCACAGUCACAGUCACUGACAUGACGACGCAAGGCAGUCCUACCUCGCGUCCAAUUUCUGGAAGCUACGGCCACGGCAGUCUAAAGCCUCUUGGCUGCUCAGGCCGCCCGUCGUGCAGCUUCGACAAUGAUGGCAUACCACACUUCCACGACCUCUACGAUGGCUCGCCAGGUGCUCGAAAACGGUCUAACACCGUGCUCUCCCAAUGCAGUGACGAUGCGUCCGUCAACAUGAAAGACGAAUUCGCUCUGCCCAAGUCAACUGCCGAAAAGCUUAUUCGAGAGGCCGAGGAGGAGUCAGAAAAGGUCACUCUCGGCCUCCUCCACAGGUUGGAGCAGCUAAACAAGGAGAAGUCGCAGCUCUCGCGCAGAAUCGAAGAAGAGUCGGACCAGGUCGUCGACCGGCUCAUCAAGUCACAGCGAGCAGCUUUUGGAUCUAGCUUCGGUGGAAGCAAGUGGCUGGGACCUGAACAGCUUCCCGUGUCUCCUACAACACCAGCCAGCCAUACUCAUCCUAGGCCAGUCUCAAGGAGCACCGUCAGCCUGUGUGCGCUGGAUGAGAAUGUCGUGGUGCGUGAUAUGAUCGACCACCAGCACCAGCACCAGCAGCCGUGUGCCUCGAAGGUGCCACCGGCAACAGCGACAACGCCGUUGAGCUCGCGCCGACUUCCCAUCUCGCUCGAGUCAUUGCGCCUGUCAGACCUCAUGAUUGACGCUGAUCCAAAUGUCGUCGUCGACCGGCUCAAGGACGCCCUAGCCGAGGCCGAAGCCGUGCGCGACCAAGCAGCCAGGGCGGACAAGUGGGCACAGGAAACGUGGACGAUGGCCAACAAGUUUCGCAACGAAGUCAUCGAGCUGCGCACAAAGGCGAGCAUGCUUUUGUCCUUCUUUCCAUUGCUCUCCUGA